GUAAUCAGAGUAUUGCGAGGCCAAGGGGAUCAGUGGGAUAGUCGGGCAAGAGCACGUGGUGUUACUGCAAGCUUUUCCUUGAACGGAAUUGGUUUAGUGCCAGAGGAAACGACGGAUUUAUAUCAAGAAAAUGAAGAGCUUAAGGAGGAAAUUCAAAAGUUGGCUGCGCGAAUUGAAUUUAUGAAGAUAGUGCACAUGGAGAUGCAUAAUCGACACAUCAAGCCAAAGAUGGGCGGUUAUUUCAGCACGCACGGUCAUAUUCAUGGGCAUCCGUCUGUCGGUCAGAGUCCCAUCGCUAAAAGCUCGACAGCCAGCUUUAUUCUCAAACAGACAGCCGUGGAGAGAGGUGCGACGGCAGCCGCGGCUGCGGCCGUCGAAGACUCGACCUUUCCGUCCGGAAGUCUACAUAGAGCGCGAAGAUCGGAAAUGUUAAGAGAGAGGAAAGCAGAGAGGGAGAAGGAGCGUGAAAAAGAGCGGAACAAGGACAAGGAACAGGAGAGAUCGCGAUCGAGUGGCGAGAAGGUUUGACUAGUGGUCAAUAGCGAGGAGCAGAUAUGGUUGUGACAAAGACAGUGUCCUGACGAAAGUAGGAAAACGCGAAGAAAUAGGAGAAAAAGAAGAAAAAAGAAAUUGGAAAUAUGCAGGUUGUAUUCUUUAAAAGAUAGGAGACUACCUGUAUUUGUAUGAAACGCUAUGUAAUUAAAACUCAUCGUGUUUACUGUCUUCGUGCCGUUGUGAUAGUGAUAUCUUUAUAUAUAAUUACUAGAUGUAUAAUAUAUCUCUUAAAAUAAAAACCUUUAAUGAGAUGCGCGAAAAGCGGAAAGUGACAGCGACGACGAAUAUUUCGUGUCUCUGUUUAUUUUUGUAAUAGCAGCUGUCAAGAGAAUACAAUUCUAUUAUAAAUCAAUAUUUUGUUCUUUUAAUAUGGAAAACGCUUGAAUACUGUUAACGCAACGGCAAACUGGAAAGAAAUUAUUUAAGGAAAUUAUUUAAAGGACAGAGACGUUUUGUAUUGAAAUCGAACAAAACGAUCGAGAUAAAAUCACGAUAUUAAGCUGUCACAAAAGCACAAAACCUGCGAGCGAGUUUGCGAGUUGUCGUCGUCGUCUUUAAUGAUAUAGUUCGCUUUCCGCAAGUGCCGCACUACUUCGUUGUGAGAGCAUCCGAUAAACCUGUAAGAAAUGCUUAACUGAGUUAUUCUUUUUGUUAAAAUCAUUUAUACACAUAACAGUGUAUAUAUAAAAUAAAAUGCAUGUGUCUUUAGAUUUAAUAAUUUUUUUAAAUUCAAAGAAAUUUAUGUUUUGGAAUAGUCAAACUAAAUAUUUAAACUAAAAAAUACAAUUGUGUUAUUUUUUAAAUAACUAAAUUCAAAUAAUUUCAAAUAAUAACAUAUAUGUACAUAUAUUUAUAGCUUAACCUUCCGUCUGUACAUUUAAUUUCACUAACGGUCUGACUUCUUUUUGUCUUGUCUCUUUUUUUUAAUGUUAAAUAUAUGCAAAAAAUCUGAAAAAAUUUCUAAUUACUUUUGAGUGAUUACAUUUUAAAUUUUGACAAUUAUUUUGGUCAUUUAUUAAAAUUUUUUUUAUAAUAACAAUUUAAAUUUUCUGAGAUUGAUAAGAAAUGGAAUUCCGUAAAAAAAUUCAUAAUUUAAUAACAAAUUAUUGUUAAGAAAAAUUCUUUUGAGGUUUUUUAGAUUAAAAUAUGACUUAAAAAAAGUUGUUCUAUAUGUGUCGGUUGCAAAAAGUAUAAUUAUUUGCAUGACUGAAUAUAAGGUAUUUUUCGGGUAAUAAAAAUACAUACAAUAAAAUGAUAAUUUUUUUACACAAAUCUUUUUUUUAUUAUAAAAAAUUAUAUUAUUAGAAAAAAACUUAGGUAUAUACAAUGUAGAAUGAUCAAAAUUGAAGAAAUAAUAAUAUUAACUAUGUUUUUGUGCGCAAUCUAAAUAGAAAAUUGUGCGAUGAUUGUCGCAAAUUGGCUCGCCACAUACAGUAGGCGAAGAACGGCAAAGAACUUCAAAAAACAUUACAUAAAAUUCUGCAAAAUAUUCUGCAGAAAAAUUUUGAAAGCAAAAACCUUGUACAAAAAUCUAUAAAAACUGCAGAAAUUCAUGCACAAAAAUAUGAAAUUUUUUGUGUAGUAAUUUUUGCAUAAUUUUUUCCUACGGGAGAAUAUUUACGGUAUUACUAAUUUUAGUUUUAAUUACAUUAUUAGAAAAGAGUUGUAAGUAAACAUUAAAGAAUAUAAUAAUAGAGGAGAAAAAAUUUUUUGAUCUAAUUCAACCUAAAUGAUAUACCUAUAUUUUUACAGAAUAUAUGAUUAAAAUAUUGAUUACUGUGCAUUCAUACCAAGUUUAUACAAACUAUAAUAUCUACUUUAUUACUACUUUUUAGGUGGUAUUCGUAGUUUUAUCAUAUAUUUAUUAUUUAUAUAUUAAGAUUGUCGUUAGUUUACUGUCACUAUAUCAAUGAUUUCUUAUAUUAUAAAGCAUUAAAAAUGAACUUAAGAGAACUAUCUUCAAUGUUCAAUUGUAAGAUUGAACUAUUAAUAUUAAAUUUUCAUUUCAAAAUAUUAACUGCUGUGCGCACAUAAAAACUGUUAUAAAAAAACUGUUGCUCCCUAAUAUGAGAAUGAAAUAAAGGAGAUUAUAAUAUAAA